AUGGCCGUGGUUCAGUUUGGAAGCGAAGAUGAGUCGAACGUAUCGAAACCGUCGAAGCGGAUGCGAUGGGCCACCCAGCGCCGUCCCGGCAGGCAAGGCUCGAGAAAGCGAACCUCGAUCAUGGACAAGCUGCACCAGCGAGCAGGUUCAAAGGACGAGAAGCGGAGGUCUAAUACCAGCAGCCUCCCCAAUGGCAGCGAGCCCUCAGAUGCCUCUGAUGAGGCCGACAGACGGCGGAUCUAUGUCAACGUACCGCCGCCGCCUCACCAGAGAGACGAGAACGGCAAGUCGACCAUAACUUUUGGACGAAACAAGGUCCGGACAGCAAAGUACACUCCUCUCAGCUUCGUCCCAAAGAACCUGUACUACCAAUUUCACAAUAUGGCCAAUGUUUACUUCCUGUUCAUCAUCAUCCUCAGUAUUUUCUCCUUUUUCGGUGCCACCAACCCUGGCCUGGGAGCAGUGCCACUUAUCUCCAUUCUGACGGUUACCGCGCUGAAAGAUGGUGUUGAAGAUUGGCGAAGGACAGUGCUGGAUAACGAUUUGAAUAAUUCGCCCAUUCACCGCCUUGUAGGCUGGAACAACGUCAAUUCUACCGAGGAUAAUGUAUCACUAUGGCGUCGGAUCAAGAAGGCGACGACGAGGGGGAUCCGACGGGCCUGGAAGUGGUUCAAGCGUGUGAGAAAGGGCGAAAAGCCCGAGCCCAAACCAGUCGUGGAGGAUACGCCGCGAAUGUCGAUAGCUACUCAACGGCCCGAGUUCCGCAAUUCAACCUAUUCCUACCGACCGUCCUACCAGGCCGACCGUCCUGGAAACGACAGCGAAGACAUCCAAAUGACACCCCUCCCAUCCCCAGGCGUCAAUGGAAAUGGUAAAGCCGAACCACGCGCUCCUCCUCCUUUCAAUGAGACCCCAAUGACACACCCGAGCAAGUUCUACGGCAGUAUUCUGAACAAGUCAUGGCAACCGUCUGGGUCUGCCAGAUUUAAACGUGACUACUGGAAGAACGUAGAAGUGGGUGACUUUAUCCGAAUCUACAAUGGAGAGCAAAUUCCAGCUGAUGUGGUGGUCCUGUCUACCUCUGACCCGGACGGUGGCUGCUACGUUGAAACCAAGAACCUCGAUGGAGAAACAAACUUGAAAGUGCGACAGGCACUCCACUGCGGACGUGCCGUCAAACACGCGAGAGAUUGUGAAGCAGCCCAAUUCGUCAUUGAGAGCGAGCAACCACAUCCCAAUCUUUACCAGUACAGCGGUGCUAUCAAGUGGUCGCAGGCUAACCCUGAUUACCCGGACUCCCCUGAAAAGGAGAUGGCGGAAGCAAUCACCAUCAACAACGUCUUGCUUCGUGGCUGCAACUUGAGGAACACUGAAUGGGUCCUUGCAGUCGUCAUAUUCACCGGCCUGCAAACGAAGAUUAUGCUCAAUACUGGCAUCAGCCCACGCAAAACCGCGCGGCUGGCCAAGGAUCUCAAUUGGAAUGUCGUCUACAAUUUUAUCAUACUCUUUGCCAUGUGUCUUACUUCUGGUAUCGUGCAGGGAGCUACGUGGGGCCAAGGUGACAAUUCUUUGGACUGGUUCGAGUAUGGGUCAUAUGGCGGCAAACCCAGUGUCGAUGGAAUCAUCACAUUCUGGGCAUCCCUUAUCCUGUUCCAGAACCUUGUCCCGAUCUCUCUUUUUGUCUCUCUUGAGAUCGUUCGUACUCUCCAGGCCGUCUUCAUUCACAGUGAUACCUUCAUGUACUAUGAAAAACUAGAAUACCCCUGCACCCCCAAAUCUUGGAAUAUCUCAGAUGAUCUUGGCCAGAUUGAAUAUAUCUUCUCCGACAAGACCGGUACCUUGACCCAGAAUAUCAUGGAGUUCAAGAAAUGCACUAUCAAUGGUGUUUCUUAUGGCGAGGCCUACACCGAAGCACAGGCUGGAAUGCAGCGCAGACAAGGAAUCAAUGUGGAAGAAGUCUCCAGAAAGGCCAAAGAAGAAAUAGCGCAGUCUAGAGCUUCGAUGUUGAAGCAGCUCAGAGCUAUUCACGACAACCCGUAUCUCCAUGAUGAUGAACUCACCUUUGUGUCUUCGAACUUUGUCUCUGAUCUCACCGGCUCGUCGGGCGAGGAACAGAGGGACGCUGUUACGAACUUCAUGAUUGCUCUCGCUUUAUGUCAUACUGUCAUCACAGAACGUACACCGGGUGACCCCCCCAGAAUUGAUUUCAAGGCUCAAUCUCCAGAUGAAGCCGCUCUCGUAUCUACAGCGCGAGACUGCGGAUUCACCGUACUCGGCCGAUCCGGCGAUGAUAUCCGACUGAAUGUCAUGGGCGAGGAACGACGAUACACCGUUCUUAACACUCUAGAGUUCAACUCUACCAGAAAGCGCAUGAGUGCCAUCAUCAGAAUGCCUGAUGGAAGAAUCAUACUCUUCUGCAAGGGUGCCGAUAGCAUAAUAUAUUCCCGCCUUUCUCGCGGUAAGCAAGCUGAACUCAGGAAGAAUACUGCGGCCCAACUCGAAGUUUUCGCCAGGGAAGGUCUCCGAACGCUCUGUGUAGGACAACGCAUCCUUUCAGAAGAGGAAUACCAGGAGUGGAGUAAGGCUUAUGAGGAUGCUGCUCAGGCCAUUACCGACCGUGACGAGAAGCUUGAGGAGGCAGCAAGCUCCAUUGAACGUGAGCUUACUUUACUCGGAGGAACCGCCAUUGAAGAUAGAUUGCAAGAUGGUGUUCCAGACACCAUUUCCUUGCUUGGAGCUGCUGGUAUCAAAUUGUGGGUUUUGACAGGCGACAAGGUCGAGACCGCUAUCAAUAUUGGUUUCUCUUGCAACCUGCUGACCAGCGACAUGGAGCUAAUCGUCUUCAAUAUUGACCCGGACGAUAUGGAUGCUGCCACCACAGAGAUAGACAACAACCUUGCGAAUUUCAACCUCACAGGAUCUGACGCAGAACUUCUUGCAGCUCAAAAGAAUCACGAGCCUCCGGCUGCCACUCACGCUCUUGUUAUUGACGGAGAGACUCUCAAGUUAAUGCUCAGCGAUAAACUGAAGCAAAAGUUCCUUUUGUUAUGCAAACAAUGCAAGUCUGUCAUUUGCUGCCGAGUCAGUCCUGCGCAGAAGGCUCAAGUUGUUAAAAUGGUCAAGGAAGGGCUGAAAGUGAUGGCUCUCUCUGUCGGCGAUGGCGCCAAUGACGUUUCUAUGAUUCAGGAAGCUGAUGUUGGUGUUGGUAUUGCUGGUGAAGAAGGACGACAAGCAGUCAUGUCUUCGGACUAUGCCAUUGGACAGUUCAGGUUCUUGCAGCGUUUGAUUCUGGUGCAUGGUCGAUGGUCGUAUCGUCGCCUUGCAGAGACUCUUGCAAACUUCUUCUACAAGAACCUUGUCUGGACAUGCGCUCUGUUUUGGUAUUCCAUAUAUAACAACUUUGAUAGUUCGUACCUUUUCGAGGGUACUUACAUCAUUCUGGUAAACCUUGCGUUUACCUCGUUACCUGUUAUUUUGAUGGGCAUUCUUGACCAGGACGUUGAUGAUAAAGUGUCUCUUGCCGUCCCACAGCUUUACAAAACUGGUAUCGAGCAGAAGGAAUGGACUCGCACCAAGUUCUGGCUUUACAUGUUGGAUGGAUUGUAUCAGUCUGUGAUUUGUUUCUUCAUGACGUAUCUCCUGUUCCGUCCAGGACAGAACGUCAGUGAAAAUGGCCUGGACCUCAGUGACCGUACACGAAUGGGUAUCUACGUUGCCUCAUGCGCGAUUGUAUGCAGCAAUACCUACGUCCUGCUCAAUACCUAUCGUUGGGAUUGGUUGACUGUCCUAAUUAACGCUGUGAGCUCGCUUCUUCUUUGGUUCUGGACGGGUGUCUACUCUGCUACCACAUCGGCGGGUACAUUCUACAAAGCGGCAUCUGAAGUAUAUGGAAGUCUGUCGUUCUGGGCUCUCACAUUCGUCACUGUUGUCAUGUGCCUUGGGCCGAGAUUCACCAUCAAGUCUGUCCAGAAGAUAUACUUCCCUCGGGAUGUCGACAUUGUUCGUGAGCAGGUUACACUCGGAAAAUACAAGUACCUUGAAAAAUACGAGGCUUACGUUCCCCCAUCACACGCAUUCGCUGCCCAAUCCUCGGGGAUCAUGCAAAACAGCAAACCUGCUGCAAAGCGAGAUCCAAAUCAACCCGAAGAAGAACGCCCCAUAUACCCCCCAUCUGUUGCACCAACCGCAACAACCCAUAACCCACGCAGCCAAAAUGGCAGUGACACAACUGCCUACACAGCAAGUCUGGACCUCCGACCUCCAGCGCAUCAGUCACUAGAGCAAGAGCGCAACCCACCACGAGAUCGUGUAAGGCCAUCGAUAGAUCGCUGCAGAUCCUCAGUGGAUCGGGUCAGGUCAAGUUUCGAAGCCAGCAGUGACUUCACUUCGGCGGCAAUGUUAGCCCGAAUUGAAUCUAGUCAUGUUAGGGGCGACCCCAACAACCAUCCUGCGAUCCAGGAACAUUAA